AGAAAUUAUAGCGUAGACACAUUCACAUUUUACACAUGUCGUACAGAUAUAUUGCAGUCAUGAAACUGCUUAUUUUAUUGGUUUUAAUCGUCGAAUAUGCACAAGCAGUGACAGACCCAGAAAUCCCAAUAUACGAAUAUGAGACACAACUGGCCAACAAACUUGUCCAUGAUGGUAAAAGAUACAGUCCUUUAUCGCGGCCAGUGGUUCGAUUUUCUGACGCUGUUGUGGUUAAGUUUGGUUUGGGGCUUGUGCAAAUCGUGGAACUGUCGGAGAAAAGUGAAGUACUUGUAACACGCUUGUGGUUGAAGAUGGAAUGGAAGGACCAUGAUAUAAUAUGGAAACCACAAGAAUACGGUGGCCUCGACAAUUUCCGACUUCGCACUGACUUGAUUUGGACUCCGGAUAUUGCUCUUUAUAAUAAGACAAUAUCUCCUGUUGACGACAAUCUUUGUAACGCUGUCCAUAGCCGUGUCAAUCAUAACAGUGAACAUGUAUUACCGUCACCCUAAGUGUCAUCCUAUGCCACCGAUGAUUCGUCGCAUCUUUGUUGAGAUAUUGCCCAAAUAUUUAUUCUCAAGUUCUCCAAUAAAGGGUCGACUUCCUCGCAAAGGUAAUUCAAUUAAAAGAAACACCUCAUACAAACAUUAUUAUUCUCCUGUCGCAACGAACCCUUCAACCAACAAACGUUAUUGUUUCGGGAAGAUUCUAGAACGUUCUCUUGCUCGAAUGCAUCAUCGUGAUAAGCUUGAAACAGGAUGUAUGAAUCUUCACCCUAACGGGGCGGAGAGGUUGCAGUUGUCUGGAUACUACUCCAAGCAUAUGACACACAAUGUUAUGAUGAAUACACACAUGGAUAGGCAACUAAUAAGAAUCAACAAGAGCAUAGAGAACUUAAUAUACAUUUGUGAAAAACAACAAAAAGAAGCGGAAGAAAAGAAAUUAAAAGACGAAUGGAAGCUUGUAAGCUCAUUGGUGGAUAGAAUCUUCCUUAUUGUUUACGUCAUAAUCAACAUUGGAAUAGUUGUUCUACUAAUUGUUUAUCGAUUCACGGACGAAGAGUUUGUUUAUCCCGAUGACGUAUAGUACGGUGGGGUAAGAUGGGACGUUUUUAUUUUCCUUUCUUGUCCCGUUUAGUACUAAACCACAUAAUUAUAGAGUGACGUCAUAUGUUAAAAACACGAGAAAACAUGGGAUAAUAUGUGCUAAUGGUUACCAUCUUACCCCACAAUAU